AUGGAGGCUAAACUAGAUGAUGGAGUUAACCGAGGUGCUGGAAUCCAAGAGGAUGGUAGCGGCAAACACAGUCUGAAACAAAUGAGACACCGAUUGGAGAUGGUAAAACGGAUACUUGUGAUGAAGGGGUGGAGGGAGAAGCCAUUGAAUAUUGAGACUAUUCGCAAGGGUGAUAAUGGAAGUGUGAUUAGGAGGAGGUUUUUUUGCAACAAAGCAGGGCUGAGGCAGCGCAAACAUUACGAAAGGCUUGACAGGAAGAGGGACCACAGAUCGGAGAUGCGCACAAACUGUGACGCAAAGCUGUCAAUCUUAUGGGAUGAGGUCAGCGAAAUUUGGAGGGUUAGAAAAGUUAUACUAGAUCACAACCAUGAUUUAACUCCUAUGAGGAUGGUUCAUAUGAUCAACAGCUUUAGAGACAUGAAUUGUUCAGCUAAGGCACAGAUUAAUGGCAUGCAGGGACACGGUGUCCCGACGUCGAAGAUCCUAGGUUAUAUGGCAGGGCAAGCCGGGGGGUAUUCUUUGAUGGGUUUCACGAAAAAGGAUGCCUAUAACUACAUCGAGAAGACCAAGCGGGAGAAGAUUGUUGAUGGAGACGCUAACGUCGCAAUAAUUUAUUUAGAGGGAAAAGCAGUGUCGGAUCCGAUGUGCAUGGCUAGGUACAAUUUGACGGACAAAAAUAUGUUAGCGAACUUGUUUUGGGCUGAUGGUGGGAGCCGGGUUAAUUACCAACACUUUGGUGAUGUGCUUUCCUUCGAUUCGACUUACAAGAAAAAUAAAUAUAGGAGACCUUGGGUAAUCUUUUCUGGUUCAAACAAUAAUAAGCAAACAACCAUAUUUGAGUUUGGUUUGGUGUUGGAUGAAAGCAUUGAGUCAUACACGUGGUUGCUUGAAAAUUUGUUGGAGGUAAUGUGCAACAAAAAGCCAUCGGUGAUUGUGACAGACGGGUGUGACUCAAUGAGGGCAGCAAUCAAGGCAGUGUUUUCGGAGGCCACACAUAGGCUGUGUGCUUGGUAUGUGGAGAAGAACGUGACUUCGAAUGUGAAGGAUGAAGGCUUAAGACAACUUUUCACUAGGUGGUUGUACUCAAAUAUGGAGAUAGAAGAGUUUGAGGCAGAGUGGGACGCAUCUGUUGUUGAAUACCGACUUCAUGAUAGUUUUUGGGCGAAGGAAACUUAUGACAAGCGAAAAAUGUGGGCAAAUGCGUACUUAAAAGACAAAUUUUGUGCCGGGUUCCGCACUACUUCUCGAUGUGAAGGUAUUAAUGCGAAUGUUAAAAAGUUUCUUAAUUCAAGGCACAGUAUUCUUGAGUUGGUACAGAAUGUUGAGUUGAUGGUACGAGAGUAUCGGAAUAACGAGUUAGAGGCCCACUUCAAGUCCAUUCACGGUAACCCAGUGAUCGCGACUUGCUUGGACCCACUCGAGCGGUUUGCUGCCGAUGUUUACACACGAGAGUUAUUCUUGGACGUGAAGAGGGAAAUUGAAGGUGUUCGUGCGGUUAACUUUGUCGCAAAGGUUUGCCAAUCCACGACUAUGGUGUACACAGUUGAAGACUACGGCAUUCCGGGUAGGCCACUAACGUUACUGUAUGAUAGGGUUGUGAAUAGAGUUCAGUGUCCUUGCCAAUUUUGGUUGCGAAAGGGUUAUCCGUGUCGACACAUGUUUUUCGUUUUGAAGUAUGAGCAUGCGAGGAAAAUUCCAUCAAGGUUGGUGAUGAAGAGGUGGUGUAAGGACGCUAAAUCAUUGGAUAACUAUGGUAAAGGAAGAGCUGAUGAGUGCAGUGAGAGGGAAUUUCUAUUACGUCAGGGUGCAUUGCACUCUGCAUCGCAGUGGUUUUCAUUCUUAGUUGCACAUAGCCCGGGUUUGUUUAACACAACGAUGAGUGGCAUACGAGCUUUAUGUGAACAAAUUGAGGCUGCUUGCGAUCAGAAAGGUCCGUCGGCAAAGGGAAGAGAUACUCCCAGUGUGAAGGAUCCCGUGGUGGUUAAGACCAAAGGGGCUCCCUGGAUUAAGAAAAUGAGUGGUAGGAAGAGGCGGUGUAGCAUGUGCCGGAAAGCCGGACACACGAAGCGACACUGCAUUGGAAAGCGGGGAGUGAAUAUGCAGGCAGACCCACAGGUGGAUGAAAAGGAACAAAUCAACCUUCCCAUGACAUAUGCGAGCAUAUGGGGCACAAUGGUGGUCAAGGUAUGGGGCUUGCCAAUUUUUUUAAGCAUCAAACGCGGUAUAUGCAACCUUGCAUGA